UAUGAGGAGCAGGAGGAAGAGGACUCCAGUCCGACCUUGUCUGGCUCACGGUCCCGCGCACGGUCUGUGCGUAAAAACGCUGCUAACCCAGUUUGGCGGCGUUUGAACGCCCCUUCAGGCGCGCACAGCUCCGGCCUCCAUUCAUGUGCUUCUGGGUUCUUUAACCACUUCUGGGGAAACGAGCACUGGAGAGCAACACUACACUCCAGCCCUCUUCCGCAUAUUGGAUUUCUGUGCUGAGAGAAGGUCGCCCAUGUCCCUGCAAGGAUCCGGGGAAAGGAAGAUUGCUGCUUCCACGGACUCUGUACAUUUGUGACUUUUAAAAUCGUUUUCCUGUACAGUUUUUUAAUCAAAGGAUUUCCUCAACUCUUGGAGCGUUUCUCUGCCUGCUGGCGGGGAUUACUCGCUUGCAUCGCUUGCAUUUUGGAAUUUGUAGAACCGGAUUUCGGGGACAGGCUCGUGCGUAAGGAGCAUAGUGCACAUCCGAUCAUAAUGCAUUUGAUUUAGGACACCAUCUGUCUACACAAAAGUGCCACAAAUUAAGCCGGGAUGGCGAGCGAGAGUAAUCGUUAUAUUGUGGAAAAGUACAUCUGCCAUAAACUCUCCAAGAGGGGCUUCGAGUGGGGGUUCGAUGACGUGCGGGACGAGGAGGAGGAGGCGGAUAACGGGUCGAUAGUUGCCCCACAGCCGACUCUGGUUCGCCGGUGCCGUGGAGCCAGCACCGGGCCCGACACCCAGAGCCUCCCCAGCCUGUUCCGCCGGCUCCCGCAGCCCGAGCCCCACGACGCCAUCCACCGGGUCCUGCGGGAGGCUGGGGACGAACUGGAGAGACUGUACCAGCCGGACUUCACGGAGAUGUCCCGGCAGCUCUACCUCACCUCCACCACGGCGCAGAGGCGGUUCGCCGAGGUGAUCGACGAGCUGUUCCGGGACGGGGUGAACUGGGGCCGGAUCAUCGCCUUCUUCGAGUUCGGGGGCACGGUGUGCGUGGAGUGCGCGGCCCGGGAGGAGAUGAGCUCGCAGGUGGAGAACAUCGCGGAGUGGAUGACAGAGUAUUUGAAUGGACCUCUGAACAGCUGGAUUAAAGACAACGGGGGAUGGGAGGCCUUCGUGGAGCUGUACGACCGACACGGGGACUCUGUCUUCAGCUGCUCCUGGCCCUCCAUCAAGACGGUCUUCGGCCUGGCGGCGCUCGGGGCGGCCGGCCUCACCAUCGGAGCCUACAUGACGCAGAAGUGAACGAGCCCAACGCUCGACUUUAUUCCUCAGCAUCCUGCUCCUCUUCCUCGUGCCUCUCCUUCUUUUUAAAAUCCCCUUUUUUAAAAAGACUCCUCCUGACCCCUCAGAGACAACCUUCAGACUCUACCCGACCUCGGCUCUCUUCAAACGCCUUCCCUCGGAGAACUCCCUCUUCCUCAGACCCCUUCACGUCAAAACAGACACGCAUCAAAACAACUGAAGGAGCCCGAUGCACGGCCCAUACAGAGCGAAUGGCGUCUAGAAAGAGAGGGGCAGCUUAGAUGUAAUCACACUAAGCUGGGCUCCUAACUAAGGGGAGAGGAGGGAUCAGUCACAUUUCUAUCGUUCUUCUGUUUUUGUUUUGUUCUGCCUGCUUCUGUACUAGUUAUAGCAUGAACGUUGAGUGUUAGUGUAGACGCUGCAUGUGUCAGAGAGCUCUGUUUGAAGGCCUCGAUGACGGGCGUGCAGGGACGACCAAGAUGAUAAUGAUGGCACCCCCCCACACGCCCCCACGCCGGAGAGAA